CAGCUGUAGGGAUCCCGUACCUGCACACCUGUACCUGCACACACCUGUACCGUACACACCUGUCCUUAAUACACACCUGUCUAUUAGCUUCGCACACAGACUCAUCUCGUACCCAGUGUCAUCCCUACAUCUCGUUCCCACGUUCCUGACUCCGACCGUUCUCCACAGUUCCGGACGGUCUCCCGAUCGACGCUUCGGCUCGGACAUCACCGCGCAUCUCCGGACAGCUCCUCGGGGCGACCAGCCGACCCUCUCCGCCCGCAGCCCGCUGACGACCCGGUGUUCCUCGCCACACGGCAUCGCUGAGAGCUGCUACUUGAAGGUUCCCGAGCCUUCACACCCCCUCCGCCUCCCCCCGGGGCAGCGGCGUGGAUGGCCCAGUGAAUGGAACGGCGCGAUCCCCUCUGGACCUCAGCGUACCGGGGAGCUCACAGCUCGGUCUGCGGCCCGACCCCGCCCGUCCAGCCGCCCAGCGACAUUAAGCCGCCGCGUGGCAUGCCCAACGGCGGGCCCGCCUCUCUGCGCACCGCCGACCCAAACCAGCUCCUGCCCACGGAGGACGUCGAGAAGUUCUUCCGGCACUUGGACCGGCCCGUCGCGCCGAGCUCGCACGGCAUCAGCGUGACGAUCCACACCAGCCAGCGGGCGCAGGACACCACGGAGCCGCCCAGCCGCCAAGCGGCAGACGCGCACAGCUACGGCACGGACAGCCCGUACAGUAGCCCCGCGCUACAGAACUAUAGCCUGGCCGAGACGAACUCAGCAGACAUGUACCAGAAUCACUCCGUCGCGGCCAUGCACCAUCCCGCCGGGUCCCCGCCCACCUACCACGAGUCCCCGGGCGGGUUCCCUCUGCACGCCGAGGGCCGCAGCCCGGUGUACGUGCCCACCACGCGGGUCCACUCCAUGCUGUCCAUGCCGUACAUCCAGCAGGGCAGCGCCGCCUCGCAGCAGGUCAACCCGCAGCAGACCAACGGCCACGCCGUCUGGUGUCAGCCCGACUCCACCGCCUUCCCCCAGCCUACCUCCUCGGCGCACCCCUCGGUGUCGCCCCGCUUCUCCUUCCCGCCGUCCCCGCCGCUGAACGCCGCGGCCAGCCGGGACUCCUACACGCCGCUGGCGCGCACCAACGGGCUCAGCCCGUACACGGCCUACGUCAGCCCCGACAUGGCCAGCUGGAGCACCUUCGACAACGUCGGCUUCCACCCGCGCGCCAUCGGCGGGCCCACGCUGGCAAGGAGAUCAAGCUCAGAGGGGCGUGAAUGUGUCAACUGUGGUGCUACCUCCACCCCCCUGUGGCGGCGAGAUGGAACAGGCCACUAUCUUUGCAAUGCAUGUGGACUCUACCACAAGAUGAACGGGGUGAACAGGCCCCUAAUCAAGCCUCAGCGGCGACUGUCUGCGUCCCGCCGCGUGGGCUUGCAGUGUGCCAACUGCCGCACGACGCAGACGACGCUGUGGCGGCGGAACAAUGAGGGUGAACCCGUGUGCAAUGCCUGUGGCCUCUACUUCAAACUACACAAUGUGAACCGGCCGCUGGCCAUGAAGAAAGAUGGAAUCCAGACGAGGAAGAGAAAACCUAAAACUCUAAACAAGGGGAAGGGAGGCGGAGACAGCAAGCCUCCAACUAGCACCAGUAAUAACACAGGUGACUCCAGUGGUCCAGCUCACAGCACUGAGGAGACUCGCAGCCCUCACUAUGGCAACCACUCGACCAAUCAGGCGCCUCUCUCCCAGCCCUCCCACUCGCAUCCCUCCAUGAUGAUGAACCAGAGCCCCACCCUGGGGACCCUCCCCACCCCCGACCAGAGCCCCGGCCUGCAACCCCCCUACCCCAAGGUCUCCCCCUCACCCCCCGUUACCAUGGCGAUGGCUCUGGAUGCCACAACCCACAGUCACCAAAACCACCCACAUCACAACUGACAAGUCAGAACCUAGCCAAAACCACCCACAUCACAACCAGCCAAAACCACCCACAUCACAACCAGCCAAAACCACCCACAUCACAACUGACAAGUCAGAACCCAGCCAAAACCACCCACAUCACAACUGACAAGUCAGAACCUAGCC